AUGUCGUUCUUUAGGGACAGAUCUGCUGGUAAUUUCAAGUCUUCGGCCAAUUUUUUCACUCAGAGGCCCACCAACAACCCGCCAACGAACGAUAGCAUUAGUGUCACAACCCCAAACAAUACUAGCCACAAUGUUACUGGUUCCAGCGCUUCUGACUCCAUUACUCGAAGCGGUGAAAAAUCAAUCCCAACAUCCAUUGAAGAUGACACUACUACCUCGUUUUCAGGUUUCUAUACGGAUCUUAAAACUGGUGUUGGCGUUCCAAGGGCAGCGAGAUCAAGCGCCGAGCUUAAUGAGUCCAAGAUCCCAACAGUCUCUGAUCAUGGGGAGGAUGAGGAUGAUGAGGAUGAUAUAAUAUCCCAAGGUACGUUAGAGUUAAAAAACAAAUAUCUUGAAAAGUUGGAUGAGAUAACCAACGAUUCCUCUAAAGAUGAGACUAAUAUUUCUCAAGAUGACAUGUCGGAAGAUAGUUAUUUGAUUUCAAAGGCGGAGAAAAAAAUUAAUACACUCAUUGGGGCAAAAGUGAAACAGCUCAGUCAUGAUGAUGAGAUUAAAAAAAAGGCUCCAUCUCGAUUAUCGUCUGGACAAAAAUCUUCUUCAUCGAUUUUUUGUGUGCGCCAAAAGGAUAAACCACGCUUAAAGUUUUCUUCUAAAGAGAAGUAUUUAUCUUUACCAAAAGGUGUUAAUUGCGUUAAAAAUGAGGACGAGAUCCCUCAGCUGAAACGAACUGAAACAAAAAUGGAUUUUGGGAUCAAUAAUUUGUUGGAAACUAUUAGAAAUUGGCAAACACGUCAUGUUGCCCAAGAAAAUAUCAUCAAAGAUUUUCAACAGGAAAUUGAACAGAAAUCAUUGUCAUUAAUUGAAACCGCUGAAAAAAUAAAAUCAUUAGAGACCCAACUUACUGAUUCAAAAAUGCUUGUACUGAGUUUAGAAGAUAAGGUGAAGGUAUCAGAAGAGCAGGUGCAGGGCAUUAUUUGCGAGCUAAGUGAUAAGGAAUCUGAAUGUGCCAAAUUGAGAGAUUCGGUUGCUACAUACAAGUUACUGCUAGAAAGAGAAACAGAGCUUGUGAGAGCUUCUAAUAUCAAAAUCAAACAGUUAACCAUCGACUCUGAAAGGCAAAUUAUUGAAACAAAGAAUUUUACCCAAAAGAUUGAUAAAUUGCAUGGCACUUUAUCAGAAGAGAAACUCAAAUCAAUGAUGCUACAGAAAGAAAUAGAAAAAACAAGAACAACUUAUGAUUCCAUAAUGAAAUCAGAAAUUGAGAAGAAUCACAGCAGCUUGGAAAAACUUUUGAUUAAUAUCAAGAGUUCUGAAACCAAUAUCAUUAGUGGAUUGAAAAACCACAAUGCUGAUUUUAUCUCCACAAAGUUAGGUGACCUUCAAGAGGCAAUGGAUCAACAAAUAGGUAAUAAAUUGAAUUCUAUUGUUUUACCACAUCAUUCUGAAUGGAUGCGACAAAUAGAUUCUAGAUUAAGUGAGAUGAAUCAAAGCUUGGAAUUGAUUAAAACAAAUUUUCAGAAAUCCGAGCUAAAGGAAUUAGAAAAUCACAAAGGACUAAUAGUUCUGUCAGAUCAACUCAAGUCCAGGCUUGAAAAUAUUAAUGCUUCAAUCGAAAUUAUGGGGACUAAAGCAGACAAAUCUGCGGUGUGUGAGCAACUAAAUUUUAUCAAUGCACAAAUAAAUUCCAAUCAUCAAGAGGCCCAGUCAAUCAGAAAUGAAGUUACAAGUCUUGAACUAGAAAAAGACGAGCUAGAAAAAGAUAACAAAGCCUUACAAGAAAAAUACAAUUCCUGUUUUAUUGAAUUUCAAGAUUUCAGAGCUAAGAGUGAAAAAAAAGAAAUCAACAUGAAGUUAGACGAGUUCAAAUACACAGAAAAGAUAAGCAGAUUGGAAAAAAUCGUGGAACAGUAUAAAUCGGAAAUUAAUGUAGCUCAGGAAACCAGAAUAAGUUUACUAAAUACACAUGAACAAUUAAUUAAGGAGAAGAACGGUCAGAUCAAUGGUCUUACAUCCAAAAUGGACGAGAUUCUUUUCAAAUAUGAAGAACAAAAUCUUCGUUUGGAGACAUCAAUUACCAGUAUAUCUGAUAGAAAUCAAGCUCAAUUACUAGCCAUUGAAGGAAAGGCUAAAGAAAUUUUGGAAGUUUCAGAGCUAUUGAACAGCUGUUUAAAGGAAAGCAAAUUAGCAAUUAUUCAAAAUUUGGAGCAAACUACUUCGGUUUUAUCUAAUACGAUUUUGUCAAAUCAAUCUGAAACCAAAGAUUAUCAAAUACAUAGGAUGAGUGAGUUUUUUGCUUUGAAUCUUGAUGAAACUAAGAAAGGACAUGAAAAAAUGAAGUAUUCGCUCACUGAAAUGGCGAAGAUAAUCUCUGAAUUUGAUUUUAUGGAACUUCACAACAAUAUCACUAAUAUUUUGAACAGCCAUAUAAUUAUCAAAAAGGAUAUUGAUGGAAUGGUAGCCGCACUUAAUGAAGCUUCCAAUAUCAGAAAUCUCGAAAUAAAGAAAAAGACCAGUACCAGUGAUAAACAAGCUGUGUUAAAUAAAUCUCGCCCAACUGGUGAUAUUGCUAUAUCAGCUCCAGUAAACAAUCCUUCGAAAACUUUGGACGCAAGAGCGAAGAAAGGUGAUAAGCAGCCAAUCACUGAAGCCAAAACGAUCAAAAUUUCAGAGAUUGAUGCUUCAAUAAUUUUUCAAAGUAGUCCAAAACAUGAUACAGGUCAAUAUCUUAGGAAUAGUUCUUCAAGAGGAGACAUUGGAAAUGAAGAAGCUUCUCCUACUGUUGCAAUGAAGAAUGUUACAAAGAAAGGAAAGACAGGAAAAAAGAGGUCUUUACUUAAAGAGGAGCAUGAAAUUGAUCCUUUUGAUCUUGCAGACUCACCCAAAAAGGCCACAAAUAUUGUUACUCAUUCCAGGCGGAGAUUUCCCAGCAAAAGAUCAAGAAAUUAG